GCGAGCCCAAACACGGAAUUUUAGUUAAGUCCUGGUGCGAAAAGAUAAAUCCUGGUGCAAUUUUCUCUAUCACUGGAAACCACUCUUGAAAAUGGUGCCGCUGGCAACGUGGUAAAACGUUGUACGGAUAGAGUGUCCUCCUUGGGAGGAUUUGUGAACGAUUGGCGAGUGAACAGCAACAUUAGCCGGCAGAAUGGCAAGAAGCAUGGCAGCGACCGCACCGGGCCAAGAUAUGGACGAUAGCCGCUUUCGUAUCCGGCCGUAUCAGCAAAUACUGUCCUCCUGCAGUGGGGCACUUGUGACUUCACUCUUCAUGACUCCGCUGGAUGUGGUGAAAACGAGGCUCCAGGCACAGCAGAAAUUGCUGCUCUCCAAUAAAUGCUACCUUUACUGCAACGGAUUGAUGGAUCACAUUUGCCCUUGCGGGCCAAACAUGGGCCCAUCUGCCGUAAAUAAACCAACGCUUCACUUUACCGGAACGAUCGACGCAUUUUCGAAAAUAAGUCGCUAUGAAGGAGUCGGUGCACUGUGGUCCGGCCUCGGACCGACGCUAGUGUUGGCCCUUCCAACGACAGUGAUUUACUUCGUCGCCUACGAACAAUUCCGCAUACGAUUGAAAGAGCUGUACCAAAGUAGGAAAGGAAAGGAUGCAGAACUGCCGAUCUGGUUGCCGCUAAUAGCAGGCAGCUCGGCCCGUGUCCUGGCAGUGACCAUCGUUAAUCCGCUCGAGUUGAUUCGCACCAAGAUGCAAUCGGAACGGCUCAGUUACAGGGAGGUCGGUCGUGCAUUUCGUCACUUGGUCCGAAUGCAAGGAGUGCUGGGAAUGUGGAAUGGCUUCUUCCCGACCAUUCUGCGAGACGUACCGUUCAGCGGUAUCUACUGGACGACGUACGAGACCAUCAAAAAGCGCUUCAACGUUAGUCAACCGACCUUUGCGUUCAGCUUUGCCGGCGGAGCCAUUUCUGGUGGGGUGGCCGCAUUCUGCACGGUUCCAUUUGAUGUCGUCAAAACGCAUCAACAGAUUGCGUUCGGCGAACAGUUCCUAUAUCCCCAGAAUGGCGUCAAAUCAAAGAAACUCACCGGCAACACAUUCGCCACGAUGCGAACGAUAUACCAGGUUAACGGUAUCCGUGGUCUCUUUACCGGGCUGACGCCACGCUUGGUCAAAGUGGCACCGGCUUGUGCCAUCAUGAUAGCGUCGUUCGAGUAUGGGAAAAACUUUUUCUACUCCUACAACGUCGCACGCUACCAUGAAAAGCAGUCUACCGGUGGUGGUCCGGCCGGGGGUAGCUCCUCAGUGGUUAGUAGCUCCGUUCCAUCACCGCCCUCUAUCGUUGCCUCCCAUAUUCCACGUACCAUGGCUGCAGCAGCCACUGCCGCCGAAUAAACGUAAUCACUAAGCGAUCAUCUUUUUUUUUUUGCUUCUUGCCCCACUCAGUGACGAUCAGCGUUCUCCAUGGCAGCUUAAUGGCUGCAAAUCUCACCUUUCCCGGCACUGGUUGCCUACGCGCAGUGAUCGAUAGAGAUAUUGUGCAAUAGUUGUGUACAGAAUAAAUUGUUUGUUUCAUAGUUCGAA